AUGUUCAAUGACCAAAAUCCUCUAGUCUUAGGUUUCUCGGCAGACCCACAAUCACCAAACGGGGGUUUCGGUGGUGAAUUGCAGCCACCAGACGGAGGUAUUGGUGGUGAUCCACAGCCACCAGUUGGAGGUUUUGGUUGCGAAGUACAGCCACCAGUUGAAGGUUUCGGUGGUGAUCCGCAGCCGCCAGUCGGAGGUUUUGGUGGCGAUCCACAGCCACCAGAUGGAGGUUUCGGUGUCGCUCCACAGACACCAGCACCGCCCGAUGGUGAUUUUGCUGGCAAUCCACAGCCACCGGUUGGAGGUUUUGGUGUUGAUCCGCAGCCACCAGUUGGAGGUUUCGGUGUUAAUCCGCAGCCUCCAGACGAAGAUUUCGGUGGUGAACUACAGCCACCAGCCGAAGGUUUCGGUGACGAUCCACAGCCGCCCGAUGGUGAUUUUGCUGGCAAUCCACAGCCACCAGUUGGAGGUUUUGGUGUUGAUCCGCAGCUUCCUGAUGUGAGUUUUGGUGGCGCUCCACAUCCUCCAGUUGAAGGUUUUGGUGGCGAUCCACAGCCUCCAGAUGUAAGUUUUGGUGGCGCUCCACAUCCUCCAGUUGAAGGUUUUUGUGUUGAUCCGCAGCCACCAGUUGGAGGUUUCGGUGUUGAUCCGCCGCCUCCAGACGAAGAUUUCGGUGGUGAACUACAGCCACCAGCCGGAGGUUUCGGUGGCGAUCCACAGCCACCAGUUGGAGGUUUCGGUGUGGAUCCGCAGCCGCCCGAUGGUGGUUUUGGUUGUGAACCACAGCCACCAGUUGGAGGUUUCGGUGGUGAACUACAGCCACCAGACGGAGGUUUCGGUGUCGCUCCACAACCACCAGUUGGAGGUUUUGGUGUGGAUCCACAGCCGCCCGAUGGUGAUUUUGCUGGCAAUCCACAUCCACCCGAUAGUGGUUUUGAUGGCGAUCCACAGCCACCUGUUGGAAGUUUCGGUGGUGAUCCGCAGCCACCAGACGGAGGUUUCGGGGUCGCUCCACAGCCACCAGUUGGAGGUUUCGGUGUGGAUCCGCAGCCGCCCGAUGGUGGUUUUGGUUGUGAACCACAGCCACCAGUUGGAGGUUUCGGUGUGGAUCCGCAGCCGCCCGAUGGUGAUUUUGCUGGCAAUCCACAGCCACCAGUUGGAGGUUUCGGUGUCGCUCCACAACCACCAGUUGGAGGUUUCGGUGUCGCUCCACAACCACCAGUUGGAGGUUUCGGUGUGGAUCCGCAGCCGCCUGAUGGUGGUUUUGGUUGUGAACCACAGCCACCAGUUGGAGGUUUCGGUGGUGAGCUACAGCCACCAGACGGAGGUUUCGGUGUGAACCACAGCCACCAGUUGGAGGUUUCGGUGUGGAUCCGCAGCCGCCCGAUGGUGGUUUUGGUUGUCGCUCCACAACCACCAUUUGGAGGUUUCGGUGGUGAACUACAGCCACCAGACGGAGGUUUCGGUGUCGCUCCACAGCCACCAGUUGGAGGUUUCGGUGUCGCUCCACAACCACCACCGCCAGUUGGAGGUUUUGGUGGUGAUCCGCAGCCUCCAGAUGUAAGUUUUAAUGGCGCUCCACAUCCACCAGUUGAAGGUUUUUGUAGCAAUCCACAGCCAUCAGUUGGAGCUUUUUGUGGCGAUCCACAGCUUCCUGAU